AUGCCGGAUAUCGAGAAACUGCACUUGGAAGAUGCACUGGAAGACAGUCCUCAGACCAGAAAUUUGUUGUCAGUAUUUGAAAAAGAUGCAUUUGUGUUGAAGAAAUACACAAAUAGUCUACAGUCAUGUUGUCAGAGAAUAAUGACUGCUCAGAAUGAAUUAUGUGCUGCUACCCAAUCUCUAGCUCAACAACUGAGAGCCUAUGAAGUACAUAAAUUUCCAUUAGAAAGUGAAAACAGUAUAUUAACGUCCACAUUGAAACAGUUUGCUAGUUAUAUAGAUGAUAUAAGUUCUAUACAUCAAGUAUUGGCCUCACAGUUCUCAGAAACAAUGAUGUUUCCCAUCAAUAAAUUUAUGCAAGCAGAUAUUGAAGAAAUCAGUACUAUGUAUGAAAUGUAUCAAAUAUCAUCACAAGAACAUGAACAAGCAUUACUAAGAUACAUGAAACUAUCAGCUAAGAAGAAGGAGAGUGAAAAAGUACGAAGUGAAACAAAUGAAGAACUUUACACAAUGAGGAAAAAAUUUCAUCAGACUUCCCUACAUUACUAUUCCUGUUUAAAUGCUCUACAGUAUAAAAGAAAGUGUUUUCUAUUGGAGCCAGUUAUGGGCUAUCUCCAUGCUCAGAGAGCAUUUUUUCAGAUGGGAUGUGAUGCUGUGAUGAAACCAGAAAUUGAUGAUUUUUUAGGCAAUAUUAACGCUAGUGUUCAAAGUGUGCAUGCAGAGUUAUCAGCAGAGACACAGAAGACAGUAGAGUUGAUAGAGUCAAUAGAGAAACAGAGUGCUCAUUUAUACCAUCCUGAACCCCCUAUAGAUAUGCCCUAUAUACCCCCUAAUACAGCACUCUCACAGAAAGCUGGAUAUCUCUACCAAAGAAGUAAACAAGCAUUAAUUGGAUCAAAAUGGGACAGAAAUUAUUAUUUUACCCAGGGUGGAAAUUUAAUGAGUCAAUCAAAAGAUGAGUUUGCUGGUAGUUUAGUACUAGAUUUAAAUGAAAAUGGUAUAAUGGCAGAAAUAGGAGAAUAUGAUGACAGAAGAUUUGUUUUUCAUAUUGUUUCUCAGUCUCAUAAAAAAACGUUAAUAGUAUUACAAGCUGAGAAUGAUCGAGAUCGUGCUGAAUGGAUAGCUGUGAUAAAUAAUUUAGUUAGAGACAGUGGUUAUGUCAGAGGAGGUAAAACUCCACCUCGAUCUAAGGUAAAUCAGUCCACUGAUAGUCAGUCAAUGCCUAGUCCAACUUCUCCAAGUGAGAGUAAAAAUACUGGAAAUAAUGGAACAAUGACUAAAUCAACCAGUAGUUCAUCUGGAUUAACAGCUACUCAAGGUGACAAUACAUUAGUCUUGGAGACACCCAUACAGUUUGAUCUAGCUUCACCAACCCAGGAUAAUAAGAGUAUGACAACGCCAUUAUCUGGUCCUCCAAAACGUAUCAAUCCAUUUGACCAAUCAUCAGUUGAUGUAUUAGAUCCAGCGUUUGAUAAUGCAGCUUAUUGUCAAGUGUUCACAGUCAGGUUUCUGGGAUCUAUGGAGGUGAAAGCUGAUAGAGGUGAGGGUUUGGUUCAUGAUACAAUCAGACAAAUAAUGGCAGCAAGAGCAAUACAUAAUGUAUUUAAAAUGACAGAAUCUAAAUUAAUUAUCUCUAACGAAGGUAUGAGAUUAAUUGAUCCAUCGAAUAAUGCUGUCCGAGUGGAAUUUGCUCUACAAGACAUCUCAUUCUGGUCUGCCCAUCCAGAAAAUGAACGAUAUUUUGGUUUUGUAACCAGAACUAGAAUGGUAGGAGGUACUCCUAAAAAUAGUAUUUCAUUCGCUUGUCAUGUAUUUGAGAGUAAUACUACUUCAGAAGAGAUAUGUAAGUCAAUAGGAACAGCCACCAGAAUGGCAUUUCAAGCU